ACAAUGGUGGAUUGCCAGCCCAUGGUGGUAACAAUUUGCCUCUUCGGGGUGAGAAGAAAUCGUUAUAUGAAGGUGGUGUUCGGGGUUUGGCAUUUGUACAUAGUCCAGAUUUCUCUGAAGACAUGAAAGGCACUGUCUACACAGAACUGAUGCACAUUACCGAUUGGUUUCCUACAUUACUGGGCUUAGCGAGCGAUGGAAGUGAUUCCAAUUCAGAGGAAAGCAAGCCAUUGGAUGGAUUCGACCAAUGGGAAUCUAUCAGUACGGGCACAGCAUCGCUUAGAAAGGCAAUACUUCUUAACAUAGACCCGUUACAGCCACCACCGCAAAACAAGGACCCUUUGCCUGACGAAUGGACUGAAGAAUAUGAUACCUCAAUCAUGGACGCCAUUAGAGUUGGGGAUUGGAAAUUAUUGACAGGAAAUCCAGGCGUCGGGAUAUGGACACCUGGACCUGAAUCUGGACAGGAACCAGUUAAUCCUUCCGAUAGUCCUGGUAAAUUUGUGUGGUUGUUUAACAUCGCAGAGGACCCCAACGAGACUGCCUACUUCAGUGAAGAAAAUCCUGAAAUUUCAUAG